UUGAUUAUUGUUUUUUUGACAGUUUUUAAUCGAUUUUCCUGCAACAAGUUUUUUUCUCAAAAAAUUACCCGUGAAUUGUGCCUCUCCCAUGAACGAUUAAAACGUGCUAAAAAUAACAUUUUUACGGAAGCACACAGAAUGAUAACUGCCUAACUCCAUAUUAUUAUCGAUUAUUUGUUAUUCUCGUGGCCUACACACCCCAAAGAUGGGGAUAAAGCAGUCAUUUUUAAAACUCUUUUUCUUAUUAAUUUUCCUUUUAGGAGUGAUUAUUAUUAUUGUACUUUAUUACGUGAGCAGUAAAGUAGAGAAACCUUAUAAAAUAAAAAAAGAGAAAGUUGGGUUUUUGUACACUUUUGAAGAUCUGGACCGUCAGUUGUGUGAAGGUAAGAGCAAGUUUAACUUGGAGCAAAAAAUGAAUAUUAGAAGUGACGAUAUAGAUUGUCCUAAAAGAGGAAUUGUUUCUUUUUGCCCAGGAGGAAGGACUGGAAACCAAAUAUGGGAAUACGCCUCCGUAUGGGCAGUAUCCAGAGUAACAGGUCUGGACGCUUAUAUCCCAAGCUGUAUCAAAACAACUCUGAAUGAAAUAUUUGAGAAUCUUACUUUGCCAUCUUUUAAAGAAAUCGCUCAUUGUCCCAUACAGUUUAACAAGUUCGUUAAAUGGUCUUGGAACUGGUCUUCUCAAAAUCAGAGUAUUAUCUUGCCGCGUUGGGUCGUAUUAUCCGAAAUGGUACCACCGUUCAUAGACGACAUAGUGGAAGAGUUCCACUUUACCAAAGCGAUUAGAGACAAGGCACAACAAACCAUACUGACAUUUGUAAAUAAACUUCCUCGCAAAAAUUAUACUUUUAUCGGAGUACACGUGAGGCGAACGGACUAUAAAUAUUUUUUGAAAAAGAGAUUUAACUUAUCCCUAGUGGGCCCCAAAUUCUUCUACAACGCUAUGGACUACUACAAACGAAAAUACCCCAACUGCCUUUUCGUUUUCGUUAGUGACGAUCCAACGUGGUGCUAUAAAGAGUUCGGAAAACUUCCUGAUGUUUUUAUUGCCUCAUACCAUUCCAAGCAUGCUCCAGCAGUAGAUAUGGCUAUUAUGUCCGCCUGCAAUCACUCCAUCUUCGAUUAUGGCACUUUUGGCGAGUGGGGCGCCCUAUUGGCCGGAGGCGAAGUAGUUUUCAAUAAUGUGACGCAGAACGUUAUGAGAAAAUUCGAGAAAACGAUGAAAAAUUGGCACUUGAUGUCCCGAUAAUAUAUCAAACAGGUCCAACCGCUGUGAUACAUGUACAUAGUUAUAAAUAUAUUUACCACAAAAAUGUGAA